AUGCUUCCAGCCUCUUUUCAGGAGAAUGAGGCGCUCAGACUCAAAUGUGCGGAAGCAGAGGAGCAAGGCUGCUGGGAAGAAGCAACAACUCGACAUGCAGAGGUGGAAGAAUGGCAGGCUCGAUGCUCCGCCCUGGAAGCUGACGCCCAUAAGGCAGAGAGGCUACUGGCGGAGGAGUUGCAGUUGAAAGCCGAAGAGUUGACCUCAUCACUGAGGGACCUGGAGGCCACAAGGAAGGGUCAGACUAUGGCCCAGGAACUUGCAGAGUCACUGGAGAAGUCUUACAAAGAGCUGAAUUCCGAGUACAGCAGCUGCCAUGCAGAGCUCUCGGAAGCCAAGCAGGAAGCUGAAAGGCUCAGGCAGCUACAGCCACGGCCCGUACAGCAGGUACAGCCACAGCCCACCUCUGCUCCCCGUGCCUCUCUCGUCGCAACUCAAGCGGGUGAGCCCGCCACCUUGGGUUCUACCGUGGCGGCUUUGCGGCGCGCCCGGGCCUCUUUGGCUGGCGAGGCCAUAGAAAGACUUCCACAACAACCACAGCAGGCGCAAGCAGAUCCAGGCAGCCCUUCGCGGGACGUCAGUGCGGGCUUGAAGGCACUGCAGCGCCUCAAGGCAGCGGCGGGGAAGGCCAAGGCAGAGGCCGGGGCUGAGUCACCGCAGUCCUCACCUUCGGGGUCAAAGGCAGCCAGCCUCAUCGCGAGCCGAAGCAAGGCCAGCAGCCUCUGGUUGAAAGCGGCCCAGACAGGUGAUGCAGCGAAGGAACCUGGCACUGCGUCCUCUCAUGCCGAAGCUGAACAGGCAGAGACAGGAAUGAAGGCCUCACGAGACAUCCGCACCGGGCUGCAGAACGGCUAUACCCGCGCCGAUCCAUUUCCAUUGCGCGCGGUCGCCCUGCUAAUUGAUGGAGAUCAAAUCGGACCUCAGUGGUUUGAAUCCGUGUUGCUGGCAGUGCAGACGAUGUCCGGAGAAAGGCCUAAAGUGGCGGUUUGCUUCGGAGCUCCACAUUUGGCAAGCUCAUGGAAAUCGCACUUGACACAGCAUGGAAUUCAAUUCCAGAAAGUCGAGCGGAAGAAUACCACGGAUCUACCCGACCCUAACGAUGCUGCCAUUAUGGAGGUGGCGAAUUCAAUUGCCACAGCAAGUCCUGACAGCUGCAUAGCCAUCGCCUCCACGGAUUCCGACUUUCUGGAUUAUCACCUGCAGCUAAAGAAUCGCGGCAUCCACUCCGUGGCUCUCGUGCCCUACACGAGCGAUGAGAAGCGCUGCGCCCUCUCCGGCGUGGAGUCCUGCCGAUUUCGAGUUCCUCCAAGCAACCCCGGCUUCAAGGAGGCCUUUGAAGCCAGGUUUCAACGAGAGUACGAGGAGGAGAGGGCCCAGGAAGUCUUCCAAGAGGUCGGAAACGCUCUCAAAGAGCUUGGCUACCUGCCAGAGCUGCCUCCUUUCCCAACUGCGAGGUCUUUGGCCAUUUUUUUCCACGCCAACAAGAUCGAGGAUGUGCAGUUGUAUCCUUGGUGCGUCGCAGCCUUCCUUGCGAGACCGCUUCUGGACGCUGCCGUCCCGAAUCCCGGAGACCUGCUCUUCUUCGAGGCCAUGGAGGGCCGGAAACAACCCGCUGCUCUGAAACGCUGGCGCGUAGAGAAAGCGAAGGAUGGCCUGGCACUUGCAGUCUUGGGCUGGCUGGGCUACGAGGUGCUCUCAGAGAAGCCUGCAUCCUUGUGCGAAGAACUGCGUGCUUUCUGGCACCGCAACAGCAAAGCAAUGCGGAUCAACUUAAAGCACUCGAAGCGGGUCACUUCCAUGCCGGUGCUGAGAGGUGAGAUGGAUUGUGCUGAGAUGCUGCAUUUUCUGGACACCGUGUUCAAAGAUAAUGCGGUUCGGCAGCAAUGGCGCCCUCCUCCAGAUGACCGCGACACCCGCCUUUGGCUGGCUCGAAAGCGCUACCUGCCAGAUGCGGAGGCUCCGCGAUCCGAGGUGUUGGCAGCAAUGGUCGCCCUGCUGCAGGAUCGUGGAGUCGAAGCACCUGAGCACUCAUUCGCGCUGACACUCUGCUUGGCACAAGAAGCGAUCCUGCAACGACGCAACGUCCUCUCCAGAGUGUGA